GUGGAUUGAAACACUCAACAAACACAAAAUGGAACCAAAGCUGACCCAUCUUUGUUAUUGCAUUCUACUUUUUCUUCCACUACUUUCUCAAUCCCCCAUAGCCAAAACUUCAUCAUCACCAAACCCUAACAAUAGCAUCAACUUCAUUGUAUCCUCAUGCCACACCACGCGUUACCCUAAACUCUGCAUCAAAUGCCUCGCGCCUUUCGCCAGCAAGAUCAGCCACAACGAAAACCGGUUAGCUCGAACCGCUUUAGCCGUUACUCUAGUCCGGGUUCGGUCCACAACUGUCUAUGUAGCUAAGCUGACCAAAGCAAGAAGAAUCAAACGCAGAGAGUACUUAGCCGUUAAGGAUUGUGUUGAAAAUCUUGGAGAUGGCUUAGGGAUGUUGGCUCAGUCAAUGAGGGAAAUGAAACAAGUGGGUCGAUCUGGUCGUAGUCGGGAUGAGUUCUUGUGGCGGCUAAGUAACGUUGAAACUUGGGUUAGUGCUGCUUUAACCGAUGAGACAACGUGUCUUGAUGGGUUCGAUGGAAAGGUUAUGGAUGGUGUGGUGAAAUCGGCGAUUAGAAGAAGAGUUGUUCAUGUGGCUCGAGUUACUAGUAAUGCCUUGGCUCUUGUAAACCGGUUUGCAGCUCAUAAAUUAUAGACUCGACUAAUGAAUUCAAGGAAUAUUCGGUCCUAAAUAAGGUUAUGUCGUUUCUUCCUUUUUUUUUUCCUUCUGGUUUUGUUUUAUGUCUUUUAGUGAUAUUAUGUAUUUGUAUAUGUAUUACUGUGAUGUUUAUGCCUUUACCAUGGUGUUGAAAAGAGUUGACAAUGAUGAUGACUGGAUUUAUGAAAGAAAAAAAAGGCACGAAAUUACGAGUUAGAUCGACUCGUUUUUAUUUAACUAAAACUCUUAUUUUUA